GGUCUGAUUUCAGUUCAUUGUGAGCCGUCGAAGCGGCAAGACGUGAGUGUUUCUCAUUUGUUGAAGACAGUUAUUAAAUAAAUAGUUGUUCUUAUCAUUGACAUGAAAGCUGCGAAUUUUCGCUAUUAAAAUGGACAAACAUAAAUACAUUGACAGCAAUGACAAUGUAAUUUAGUUGUUUCUCAAAGCUACACAUAAAACAAAAAACCAAAAAGUAACACAAAACAAAAAAGUGCAAAUCAACAAGUUAAAAAAAACGAAACAGAGCUUGGACGCUUUCAGGAUCUCAGAGCGACAUAACCUACAUCAAUAUCAAAUUUACAUAACACAAGCUCAUUUGGCCAGAUACCAGAUUGCACCAUGGCCAAGCUGGAUCUCAUUCGACUGUGGUGCGUGGGAUUUUUGCUGCUAGCCUACCUGGCGGCACAGAGGAACGCAUCAGCAUCUCUAAGAAGUAUUGAAGAUGACGAUGAAAAGCUCAAUAAAACUGAUCUCGGCUCGGACACGGUGCCAUGCUCUACGAUUGAAUGGGCGAAAUCGUCUGAUUGCCCCAAAGAUAGCAAACAGAUAUCCAGUUUUAAGUUCGUGGGACGGCAAAAACCAUGGUGCCACGAACGCAGUUGCAAGUGCAACGAAUGCCCGCGGAAACCCACUUGCAGUCCGGGUCAGGUGCUCCAUGAACUGAGCACAGGCAACGGACAGCCGGGCACGUGUUGCUCCAAAUACGAAUGCGGCCCCAUACCAGAAUGUGUUAAGGGCAGCCCCACCAUUUAUUGGAGUAAUAGUUGCACCAAAUGCUCCAGCUGCCAUGAAAUGUGCACCUCAGAGUGCAUACAGCACGACAGUUCACCCGAAAACUGUCUCUCCAGCGAUGGUCAGAUGAAGUCGAUCAACGAAACCUGGCUUCAGGGAAAUGGCUGCGAGACUUGCACCUGCUUCGAUGUCAUAGGACGAAUUUGCGAAAGUGUUUUCUGCGAACCUCCAGAAUGCUCCAAUCCAAAGAAAGGGCCAAACGAUUGCUGUGCCAUUUGUACAGAGUCGGAUAUCAUUACCACAGAGGCAAUUCCUCACAUAGAAAGCGACCCAACUACUGGGAGCAAGUCACCUGCAUGGGACAGCAGCCCAACUACUGAGCGCAGUUCAACAGCGAAGCCAAGCUCAACUCCUGAGAGCAGCCCAACUACUGAGAGCAGCCCAACUACUGAGAGCAGCUCAACUACUGAGAGCAGCUCAACUAGUGAGAGCAGGUCAACUGCAAAGGGCAGCCCAACUACUGAGAGUAGUCCAAGUGCGGCCCCUGAGAUCAGCUCAACUGCUGAUACCACCUCAACUCCUGAGAGUAGCCCAAUUCCUGAGAGCAGCGCAACUACUGAGAGCAGCUCAACUGAUGAAAUGACACUCAAUGAGGACUCGCAAGAGCUGAACAGUGAGGAGACAUUUGAAAAUGAAACUGAACAGCCGGAAGACGGAGAGACGAUGGGCGUGGAAAUUACCAUUAAACCUUAUAUAGAUAGCUCAGAGCGGAACAGCAGCAGCACAGCUAACACCAUGGAGUAUACAACACUCUCGGCCUCAACCACGCAGCAACCAAGUCCUUUGUUCACAUCGGCACCGGCCGCACAGACGCCUGAGUCGACCAGCUGGCAUCGUGAGUCAACCAUCGAUGAUGCUGAGUAUCAUUAUCCGAACAAUUCUGAUGAUGCAGUGCGUUCAAACAAGCAGAUACCUCAAUGGAAAUCACUCAUCUUCAUCUUCGUAGGGGCUGUGGUAGUUUCGGCCCUUAUUUGGCCAUGUUACAAACGCUGUAAGAAAGGCAAAUCGCUGUACACCUCGGUGCCGUGCUCGGAAGCAAAACUGGCCGAUAAACACACAAGCGCACAACUAACUAAUAUACUGAUUGAGCAGCCAUCGAUGGAGAAACGACUAAACGAGACUGUAGAAUAAUUCAAUUUCAUUCCCAUAUACAUACAUAUAUUCAUAGAAGUAGUAUAAAUAUAUACUAAUUUAUAUUAGUUUUAACUGCAAACGACGUUAAAUUUGUUAAGUUUGUCAAGAAGGCUCCGUCUAGACAAUGCUCCAACAAAAGCAGCUAUUUAUGUAUUAUUUCAUCAACACAAAGCACUCAAAAUUAAGAAAGGCAUUCUAACUAACAUUCUAAAAGUAAAUUAUAUUAUCGAUCUGUAUAAGCUACAAGUUCAUGCAUAUAUAUUUAUCUAUAUACGUUAAGAAAUAACUAUGUUAUAUGAGGUCAGACCCCCAUUUAGCCAACUUUUAAGUGGGCUCUGCGUAGUAGAAUAUACACAAUCUAAUACAGUUAUUUCUUAACUUAACAAUUCAUUGUGAUAAAACUGUAUUAGAAAACAUCUAAAAUAUAUAUAAAGAAAAAACUAAAAUAAUUGAUAUACCAAAAAAAGUAGAAUAAGAAACAUUUCUAGCAUCUCUCCCCCAAAUACGUUAAAAGCAAAUAAAACGAAAAACUGAACAAA